AUGAUUUUCCAACCGCAUCAUCAGCCUCCAAUGACUUUUGUGGUGGUUCAAAAUGUCAACAUACUAGGCUCUCUGCCAAUAACCACCAUGACAAGAGUUAUGUUGCUGGUCAAAAGCCCCAGCGCAUCAUAUCUCCAGUUUCCCUAUUCAACCACUUCACAAUUCUUCACUUAUUCUAUUAUUUCAAUGUAUACCAAUAUCGCCAAACCCCAAGCUUUUCCUCUUACAUCUAAAUAUCUUCACAACCCAGAUGCCUCGUUUCACUCUCCACCGCUAACACCCAAUUUUCGCCUCUUUCUUACCAUAAAAAAUCAAUCCAUACAAACCCCUGAUGUAAGUUUGGAAUCUUUGGAAUAG